AUGUCUCCUUCUACAAUUUACCUUGUCACAGGCGCCAACCGAGAGCGUGGAAUAGGCUUCGCUUUGGUCUCACUGAUUCUGUCUAAGCACAGUGACGCGUUUGUAUACGCGACAGUGCGCGACCCCUCCAAGCCCUCCAGGCUGGACGAGCUCAAGGAAAAGUACCCAACACGCAUUGCAGUGGUCAAGUGGAUCGCUACGGACGUCGCCGUGAACAGGGAGCUCGCCAAGGAGAUCGAGCAGCGGCAUGGGAGAGUGGAUACGGUUAUUGGAAACGCGGCGAUUAUCGGAGGGAAUAACCAGAUUCGGGAUAUCAAGCUUUCCGACAUGGAGGAACAUUUCCAAGUAAACGUGCUCAGCCACAUAGUCCUGUUCCAGGAGCUAUAUGCCCUGCUAAGGAAAAGCAGCACCCCGCGUUUUAUUCCUAUUACAAGCAUUGCUGGCUCCAUUGGGGAGCCUGCCAUCGAGCUCGAUAUGGCUAACACUGCGUAUGCAUCGAGCAAGACCACGUUAAACUGGAUCACUCGCAAACUACACUUCGAGAAUGAGUGGCUCGUGACAUUCCCUUUGUCCCCUGGAGGUGUAGACACGGAUAUGUUCGACUACACGAGAGAAACCGACAAAACUGGGGUCGUCGCUAAUUUAGUGGCCAAGUAUGGCGACUUCCCCAAGGCGGACACUGCCGCCCCGCUCCUCCUCGACAUCAUCGAUGGCUCGACGCGCGAGAAGGACGGCGGGCAGUUUAUCAAUCUUGAUGGGAGAAGGGUUCCCUGGUAA